GAAAAAAAGAGAGAGAGAGCAACCCUGUUCACAAAAAUAAAUGGAACCCCAGAGAGAAGAACUGCCACAGUGCCACGGGCCCAAGAAGUGAGUGCUGCCCCGUCAAUGCCGCUGGGAGCCAAGAAAAGCAAGGCAAAGCAAACUGCAGACCCAUUGGUUUCUCUCUUUCCUCCUCCCCUCCCGACUUCUCCAAAUCGCCGCCUUUUGUUGAUUUAUCUAUUUUGCUUGCAAUUAGUUUUUGGAAAGCAAGGUGGGUGCAAUGGGAGGUAGCGGAACGCUGAUCUCGGUUUACCCCGAGGAGCUCACCUUCUUGUUUGAGCUGGAGAAGCCGUGCUAUUGCAAUCUCAAGGUGGUGAACAACAGCGAGCAUCAUGUCGCAUUCAAGGUCAAAACAACAUCGCCGAGGAAGUAUUUCGUCCGGCCGAACGCGAGCAUCGUCCAGCCAUGGGAUUCUUGCACAAUAACGAUUACGCUGCAGGCACAGAAAGAUUACCCACCAGACAUGCAAUGCAAGGAUAAAUUCUUGAUUCAGAGCACGAAGGUGGCCGCCAGUACCGACAUGGAUGAGAUCCCCCCUGAUACGUUCAACAAGGAAGCUGAUAAGGUAAUCGAGGAAAUGAAGCUCAAGGUUGUCUACACAUUACCUAGCUGCGGAGGUUCAGAUGACUCUAGCGUAUCAUCUUUAGGAAGCCGGAGCUUCAAAGCAGCGUCUGACGAUCUGAUGAUGCUGAAGAAUGCAAGCCUUGAAGAGAUCCAGACAAUUCAGCGGUUGAAAGAAGAAAGAGACAACAUGCUUCAGCAAAAUCAGCAAAUGCAACGUGAAUUGGAUGUGCUUCGGAGGCGCAGGAGCCGCAAAGGCGAUGCAGGUUUCUCCCUGACGUUCGCCGCGUUUGCUGGGCUAAUAGGUCUCAUGGUGGGGCUCCUGAUGAGCCUCAUCUUCUCGUCCGCGCCGGCUGAUGCGUAGUAAGAUGCAAGAAAAGGUUGCAGCCAACGGAAGCGUUGUUGAGUUGAGACCGACGUGGGGGAAAAGGCUCGCUCGGGGGAAGAAGAUGAAAUUUCUGCUCUAGUCUCCAUUUUUCUUUCUUUUGCUGUUUGCAUCCUAGUUAUUAUUAUACGAAAUGGCAACGGGGUGCAGAUCUUUCCUUCCACUCGUGCUUGGUUCAUCCUCCAGUUUGUAUUUUGCCCCUUGGUUUCUCAUUCUUUCUGUAUUUAGUAUGUCAAGACGGAACCUGUAUUCAUUCAACGAUUGGGUAGUGAAGAACUGAGCUAGGAGUACCAAGAAAGGGUGAUGAUGGGUGUUAGGGUUA